AAUAGCUUUAUCCCUUAAAAAUAUACUCCCUAGCCCCUAAACAUUUAAAAAAGGGGAAGAGAACAAGCAAACUGACCUUAAAGAUAAAUUUAUCCAGUAUUCAUAAAUAAAGUGGAUAAACGGUACUGAUCGGCGGAGGAGGCCUGAUCGGCGACGACCUACCACCGAACGAUAAUGGUGAACGAGGACUGUGAUCCUUAACCUUAUUCCAGAGAGUAAAGAAAGAACGAUGUUUUCUCCAUGCGUUGAUGCUUCCAAGUGCUUUAACCAACUGCACCAGAUUCAAUUUGUGGGGAAGUACUCUCAUGCCUCAUCUUUGACUUCAUUCUCGGUUCGGAAGCCCAUUUGCGUCUAUCCCUGCAUUUCCUGCAGUUCCAAUCGGGAGUAUGAAAUCCAGAGAGGGGUUGGUAGUGGGGAAUUUGUGCGUAGGGAGAGUGUGAAAGUGCAAGGGAAGGGGAAGGGGAAGGAUAAUGUGUGGAGCAUCGACAAUGAAAUGGCAAAUGCGGAGAAGGAGAAGAUGGCGAGGAAGAAGAAGAAGAGGAGCUGGAAAGAAAUGAGAAUGAUAAGGAAGAUUUCUCCCAAGAGUGGAUAUGGCCGGAUCAUGAUCUCCAGUGCUAUGUUAAUUGAGAUUGAAACUGUGUUACAAACUCAGGAACCUGUAAUUCGUCCAGCAUGGAAUACAUUUGCAAGCAGUGUUAGUGGCAUAUGGAAGGGAGUGGGAGCAGUAUUCUCACCCAUGACUGCAGAAAUGGAGCCAAUUGAAGUGGGAGACAAGAAUGAGUACCUCUUUGACUGUUACACCCUUUCUCAUGUUGAAGCUUUGCCUACAUCACUUGGGGGCGUUCAGACAUCCCAAAUCAAGAGGACAGUCAAGUGGGUGUCUUUGAAUCCCCACGGUGAAGUUCCAGAAUUGGGAGGAAAACAAGAGAAGGCCACAGACAGAGAGAGACCUUUAGCUAUGAAGAGGACAGCAGAAGGAAAUUCUUCACAUCAAGAGUUGCCAAGAUUUGAAUCUUUUGACUUUGCAAAGAGUGAUGUGAUGGAGGAGGACAUAAUGGGAAUGGAACCCGGUCUUGUUUUCUUUGAGGAUGGAUCUUACUCGAGGGGGCCAGUUGAUAUUCCAGUUGGGGAACAUGGCGAAUCAAAGUAUUACCUGUCUCCAACAUUUAAGUUUGAACAAUGUUUGGUCAAAGGGUGCCACAAGAGACUCCGCAUGGUUCAUACCAUAGAAUUCAGUGAUGGGGGCUCAGAUAUUGAGAUAUUGAGAGUGGCUGUUUACGAAGAACAAUGGGUUAGUCCCACCAAUAUUUCCGGCCUAAGUGACAUGGAUAUGGAGGUGAAGCCAUUUUCACAGAGGAGGAGAGUUCAACCGGGGGAGCUAACCGGGUCAUGGAAGGUGUUUGAGAUGAGCGCAACACCCGUUCACGGGGAGGAGAAGGAUGAUGCAGCGGUGCCGUACGUAUACCUCUGCACUGAAAAUCUAAAGAGGAGAAGUUUGGGGGAAAGUCCGGUGUACUUCAGGGAAGAGGAGAUGUUAGACAUGCAAGACGCGACGGUGCUAUGGCUGCCUGGUGGUGUCACCAGUUAUGUCGACGUGAAAAAGGAUGGAGUUUUGUGCAUUGGAGUCGGGUGGUAUUCGGAUGAGGGAAUAAAUCUGGUCAUGGAAAGGGACUAUGGAACUGAUGGGAAGCUCAAGGAAGUCAGGUGGAAGUCUGAAAUGAAGAGAAGGUGGACUCACCAUUAAUCCUCCUCAUCCUCCCAUGUAAAUAAACACUUCUCUCUUCUUCUUUUUCUUCUUCUUCUUCUUCUUUUAACUUCCUGUUUGUAUGUAUAUUUACUGUCCUCUUUGUGGUUUCUUGAACCAAUUCAAGAUGGGCUCUUCUCAAUUUCUCUCCAUAAGUGUUCAAAGGGCAAUUUCUUUUAGGCUCCGUUUGGUACACGGAUUCAAACUAUGAAACUGAAAUUGGGGACAAUAAUUCCAAUUCUGCACUUAAUGGUUCAGACUGUUUGUUUCAGCCUCUUAAUGGUUCAGAUGUCUGAAUGGUUAAGAGAUUUGCCUCUGAAUGGUUAAGUAUUAUACAGAGUCUGAAUGGUUAAGAGCUGUUAUCUGAAUUGAUCAGACAUUUGCCUCUGAAUAGUUAAGCAAUAUACUAGCUCUUAAUGG